AUGUCUGCCGACGACAGCUAUGCCCCCAAGUCUCCGGACCUCUCCUCUUUUUACUCAAACGGUCCCACCCAAGAAGAAGUGCAUCAUCCACAACCCGACUCUUACUUUAGGCCAGGGUACGAAUAUAAAGCAGAGUCCCCAACCUACACCAGAUCUGCUUCCUUCUCUUCCUACGUUCCCCCUUCUCCUCACUUCGACGACACCAACCGUGUCUCAGCCGAUUCCGCCUAUCAUCUGGAGUUUGCGCAACCAAGAACUCCAAGACCAGAACAUCAACCCUAUCCAUCGCGACAUUCUUCUAUUCCAGAGCACUACGUCUAUUCUACGCCAGACCAACAACAGCAUCCGAGCAGCGGUUUCGGGCGUAGUUCUGCCUCUUCGUACUCACGUCAACAACAACCCCACGGCCAAACGUACCCAGAACAAUCUUCUAAUCACAACGCGAUCACUUGCGACCCAUCCUACAAACCACCGAUAGCAGCCGGUGACUUGGAACGAGCUCCCGCGUUUGGUGUUGCGCCGUUCGAUACAAACAUGCCUCCACGCAAAGCCGCGCCGCCUGCGGCGCCUGCUAUCGACCCAUCUCCGGUUCGAACCAAAUUCCCCACAGCCAGGAUCAAGCGAAUUAUGCAGGCCGACGAGGAAGUUGGCAAGGUUGCGCAGCAAACUCCGAUUGCUGUAGGAAAGGCUCUUGAGCUUUUUAUGAUACAGCUUGUCACAAAAAGCGCGGAUGUAGCCAAGGAGAAGGGUUCAAAGAGGGUUACCGCGCCAAUGCUCAAGCAAGUUGUCGAGACGGACGAACAGUGGGAUUUCUUACGCGACAUAGUUAGUCGUGUCGAGAAUGAGAAGGAGGGCAGUAGAUCCAAGGCUAAGCAGGAUAGUUCAAGUGAUGAGGAGAUUGAAGAGCCUAAAAAGAGAACGCGUGGAGGCAGAAAGAAGAAAGCAGCAUGA